UUUCCUUCCAUUACAAUCAAGAUGUUGCUUAUAUAUACUUGAACCGUAUAUAGUUCUUUCAUAUAGAAACUAUACGAAAAUUUUCUCACAAUUCAUGGAUCUCUUACAUUUCUCAAUUUUCAUUUCAGUUAUAGUUUUCAGUCACAGAAACUGUUAUUCAAAUUCGGAAUCUAUAUCUUAUGAGAGUUCCAGUGAGCUAAAAAGGGCCAGAGAUGAGAUAAUUAGGGUAGCUAAUCUUCCUAAAACACUAACAUGGAUGAAAAAGAUAAGAAGAGAAAUUCAUGAAAAUCCAGAACUUUCUUAUGAAGAAUUCGGAACAAGCGCGAUUAUAAGGCAAGAACUCGACAAGUUAGGAAUUGCUUAUCAAUGGCCAGUUGCAAGAACUGGUGUCAUAGCUAAAAUCGGAUCGGGAUUUUCUCCUUUUGUUGCUCUUAGAGCUGAUAUGGAUGCUUUGCCAAUUCAGGAAAUGGUGGACUGGGAAUACAAGAGCAAAGUAAAAGGGAAAAUGCAUGCAUGUGGACAUGAUGCUCAUGUCAGUAUGCUUCUUGGUGCUGCAAAAAUACUUCAACAACUCAAAACUUCACUACAGGGAACAGUUGUUCUUAUAUUUCAACCUGCUGAAGAAAAAGGAAAAGGAGCACAGAAAAUGAUCGAAGAAAAGGCUUUAGAAAAUGUAGAAGCCAUUUUUUCACUUCACACUGCUACUCAAUUCCCUACCGGUACCAUUGCGUCAAGACCUGGAGAGUUUCUAGCAGGAAUGGGAGUUUUUAAUGCAAAAAUUCGGGGGAAAGGAGGUCAUGCAGCUAUUCCACAAGCGUCCAUUGAUCCAAUUUUAGCUGCAUCAGCAUCGAUAAUUUGUUUACAAAGUAUCAUUUCACGGGAAACAGACCCUUUGGAUUCUCAAGUUGUUUCAGUGACAAAGGUCCACGCUGGAACUGCUUAUAAUAUAAUCCCUGACUCGGUUGAAGUGGGAGGAACUUUCAGAGCUUUCAAAAAGAAAAGCUUUAAUGCGUUGAAAGAAAGAAUAAAAGAGGUUAUUAGAGCACAAGUAGCAGUACAUCCAUGCACCGUUGAAUUUCAAUUCUUUGUAGAGGAUUAUCCAAUGAUUCCUCCAACUGUGAACGACCACAAAGUUUUUGAACAUGCUCGCCAAGUCUCUGUCGACAUGUUGGGAGAGAAAAAUGUGUAUACAGCUCCAUGUUUCAUGGGGAGUGAAGAUUUUGCAUUUUACUUGGAUCAUAUACCAGGUACGCUUCUGUUGGUAGGAACUAGAAGUGAAGAAGCUGGAUCAACUCACCCUCCACAUAGUCCUCAUUUCGCUAUCGAUGAGGAUGUCUUACCAAUAGGUGCAGCAAUUCAUGUUGCUUUCGCACACUCCUACAUUUUGAGCUUAAGAAGCCGUAAUCUAUCAUCUAAAGAGGAGUUGGUGGUCUAGGUUCUUCCACCCUUCAAUUGUAAUUUUGUCUUAAUUAGUUAGCUUAGUUCUUAUCCGCCACUGUUGUGCAUUAUCAUACACCACUCUUUCAUAUUUUGUAACCUUUAGUUGUAGCAAGAUGCAAGCAUUCGAAAUGAAUAUAACGAGAAUGCUCUCACUAAUGCAAUCAUCAUUUAGAUUUGUAAGAGAAAAU